UUCAUAGAUUCUAUGUAUGUACAUUUGUCUUUGCAGAAUGGAAUUCGUUCUGGACGUUGCUUAGGAAAAUUUGCGAAAGUUACGCGAAAGGCACGACAUGUGCAGUGUACGUGCGUAAUUGGACAAUUCGUCUCUUUCACGCUCGUUAAUUCUAUUCGAGAAAAGGAAUUUCCUGUUCGUCGAAGGGGUGGGCUAGGCAUUAUACAUAGUCUGCUAGCUAGCUAGAACUCGACUUUGUAAGAAACUGUCCAUCAAUGCCAUCGUGUUUGAUAAAAGAACAUACGAUAUACGAAAGUUUUUCAAAAAUGAACGUGACCUUCUUACUUGUGUUUCUUAUUAUACAAUUAACAACAGCCGAUUAUAUAUCUACUGGAUUCGAUAAAGGAAAAACUUCGAAAAUGAAAAAUCCAUUUUAUGGUCAUUCGAAACCACGAUUUAUUUCGUUCGAUUCCGAAGAAGGAAAUAUCGAUAUCAGUUGGGACGUAUCGAUACCUUUUAUUUCUAUUCCAUUACUGUAUAAAAAUGAAGAGAACGAACAUUCGCCAACGCUUCUCAAUGUUAAUACAAAAGCAUUAACAAUCGCUGGAUUAGUGACAGGAAUUUCUUCUUUAGUUGCACCACUAUUUUCAAAACCCAUUACGCCAUCAUCGCAAUCGCAUUAUCGAACGGACGAGGGAAUGGAAUGGUCAACAAUGGGUAAUACAAUUAAUGAAAUAAUUUUUUCCAAUAAUUAUAUAGCUCCUUGUAUGCAACAUAUUGUUUGUUCGAUCGUAUCGGCCGCCAGUCGUGCAGAUAAUCCUACGAGUACAGAAAAAAUUAUCGAUGGUUUAUCCAGUCAUAGAUGGUUCAAAGAUGCGACAAAUGGAACACUCAUACAAGAUGCGAUUUCGAUAGGUCGUGAUGAUAAUCGUGAUUGUACAAGAGUUUAUAAAAAUUGUUUGAUAACGCCGAGACUUUUCAAAAGUUUCAUGAAUCAAUUCGGAAUAAUGUGAGUUGAUCAAAAAAUUACGAAGAAACAACGGAUCAAAUAUUAUCUAUCUCAUAUUCCAAUUAUUAUGAUAAUAAUUUAAGAAUAAUUUUAUACAGUUAAGUUUUUCAAUAUUUAUAAAUUAAUUGCUAUUAUUAAAACU